AUGUUGGACACACAGACCGGCGAGCUGCCGCCCCUCCCAUGCCUCAAUGCGGACGAUCCCGCCAUACGCUCGCGAGCGACUGUGCCACGCAAAUUCAUCCUGAGUGACGAAGAUAUGGGCGUGUGGCAAACAAGCGACGCCCAUCAUACCCUCCUGCUCUUCUUGAUGCGAUUGGCCGAUGCGUGCACCGGCCAGCCUACGCGCCUCGUGCCAUGGGACCGGUCCGCACACAACCCAAGCGAUGGCAUAAAUCGCGUCCUAACCUUGCUGAUCGAGCUCGAUACAUGGACCGAUGAGAUCGCACCUCUUGCGGGGCCUCAGCGUUUUGGCAACCUGGCGUUCCGCACUUGGGGUGCGCGCCUCGCCGAGCGGGUCGAAGUGCUGCACGAAGCGCUCCUUCCCUCUUCCUACCGUGACUAUAUACGCGAACUGGUACCCUACCUGCUCGAUGCCUUUGGCUCCUUCGUGCGCAUUGACUAUGGCACCGGCCAUGAACUCCACUUUGUGGCUUGGCUCGGCUUCCUGGUGCGCCUCGGAGUGCUUCCAGCGACCGAGGAGACGGAAACGCGCCUUGCGCUGGAGGUGCUUCCUGCAUAUCUGCGCGUAACGUGGCACCUUCAGGACCGCUAUGCACUCGAGCCAGCGGGCAGCCAUGGUGUCUGGGGCCUCGAUGACUUCCAUUUUGUGCCAUAUAUUUUAGGCGCGGCGCAGCUUCGCGACUCGGCCCUGAGCCCCGCCGAGAUUUCCGAUGCGGCCCUAUACCCUUUUUCCAAGCGACGCGAGCCGCGCACUGGUCCCAAGCUCUCGCCGUCGGAUACAUUGGCGUACCAGCUACCCCGCACGCGGCUUGGCCAAAGGUAUACAAGGGCAUGA